AUGGGCUGGUUUUGGGCUGAUCCGAUUAGUACCGCUGUCUCAGCUCAUGAUAAAUUCACUGAAAGCAGUAAUAUACCACCGCCAGGAUGCCCAAUGCAUGCUCCAAACAAUGAUGGAAAAAAGACAAUCAGUAAUACUUCAGGUUCAGGAAUAGAUAAUCUUGAUAAAAAUGGAGUUUUACCUAGCCCAGAUUCGAAACUAGCCUCAAGUUACUCUCAAUACAACCCACUCAACUAUAUGUUCUCUUACAUUUCACAAACUCCUGCUAAAGAUCAGUCGGUUCUCCUUCCAACAGAACGUGAGUCCUCCAGUAUACCUAAAGGUACUGGAGAAGGUAAUUGGGAGUACCCAUCGCCACAGCAAAUGUACAACGCUCUUCUUCGCAAGGGAUACACAGACACAGAUGCCAAUUCUGUUGAGAGUAUGGUCAGCGUUCAUAAUUUCCUGAACGAGGGCGCAUGGGCCGAGAUUCUUGAAUGGGAAAGGAAAUUCGGGAAAGGCCUAAAGAAAGGAUUGGAAUUGAGUAUAUUUAAUGGAAAGAAUGUUGAAUCGUCAUCCAGCGAAGAGGAUUCUCCACAGCCAAGCUUGAUCAGCUUUGUUGGUAGACCCAAAGAUAUGACCCCAAAAGCAACUCUCUUUCAGCUACUAGGAAAGAUAUAUCCUACACGUUUCGGUACCGACCCUCCAUUUGAUCGUCACGAUUGGUAUGUUCAGCGCGAGUUUAAUGGAAAGCGAAAACAAAUUCGAUAUGUCAUCGACUAUUAUGCCGGUCCCGAUGAUUCCAAUGGAGAGCCCGUUUUUUUCUUAGACGUGAGGCCAGCAAUAACCCCAUUAACAGCUGUUGAACGAAUUAUGAACUGGGGAGGAGACGUAUGGUCUAGGGCUUCUGGAGCAGCGGCGAGGGAAAAAAAUGCAUAA